AUGAUAUUGAUACGACUUGCUGAAGAUUUGCCAGAAAAAUAUAGAACAAAAUUAAUAAUUUACUUUGUGUUGUCUCCUUACAGCUUCAAGACUAGUAAAGGUGUGGGGUACUCAGCACACUUCGUGGGUAACUGCCUGGUACUCACCUCACUCAAGGUCAAGGGCAAAGGAUACCAACACUGCAUCAAGUAUGAGUUCCAGCCCAGGAAGUGGUACAUGGUGGCUGUGGUGUAUAUCUACAACAGGUGGAGCAAGAGCGAGAUAAAGGUGUUUGUCAACGGUCAACUCGCUUCAGCCACCGACAUGACCUGGCUCGUCUCCACCAAUGAUACAUGGGACAAGUGCUACAUAGGGGCAACGCCGGAGCUGGACGAAGAACGAGUGUUCUGUGGCCAGAUGAGUGCCGUCUACCUCUUCUCUGAGGCUCUCACCGCUCACCAGGUGUGCGCCAUGCAUCGCCUUGGCCCAGGAUACAAGAGUCAGUUCCGGUUCGACAAUGAGAGUUAUCUUCAACUACCAGAGAACCACAAGAGGGUACUAUAUGAUGGCAAACUAGCAGCUGCGAUUGUAUUUAUGUAUAAUCCAGUUGCUACAGACUCCCAGCUAUGUCUGCAAUCUGCUCCCAAGGGCAACCCAUCGUUCUUCGUCCAUAAUCCUCAUGCACUUAUGCUUCAGGAUGUGAAAGCAGUGGUGACUCACAGCAUCCACAGUACCCUGAACAGUAUGGGUGGAAUUCAAGUGCUCUUUCCACUGUUUCAACAGCUUGACUUGCCUCAUGACACUCCCCCAGCUAUUAAUGACUAUUACAACACCAACAAAGACCCCUCAUUAGGUUCUACUUUGGUAGGUUUCAUCUGUGAGAUGGUUGAAAGCUGUAAUACAGUUCAGCAACAUAUGGUUCAGAAUCGGGGUUUUUUAGUAAUAUCUCACCUUCUGCACCGUGCCUCACGCCAUCAUGUUACCAUGGAUGUUCUCACUGCCUUCCUCAAGUUAACCAAGUUCCUCGUCACGUGUCCAAAUUCAAACUCGGAUUUACUCCUGAAACAGUUGCUGGACCACAUUCUGUUCAACCCAUCACUCUGGAUCUACUCUCCGGUGGCAGUUCAAAUGCGAUUAUACACCUAUCUAGCCACAGAGUUCCUCUCUGAUGCACAGAUAUAUGGUUCAGUCCGUAGAGUUUCCACCGUAUUGCAGACAAUGCACACACUCAAGUACUACUAUUGGGUAGUUAAUCCCAGGGACAAGAGUGGGAUUAAUCCUAAAGGUCUGGAUGGUCCACGACCCAGUGACAAGGACAUUGUUAGUCUUCGAGCAUAUAUGCUGCUUUUUCUCAAGCAGUUAAUCAUGAUUGGCAAUGGUGUCAAGGAAGAUGAGCUGCAGGCUAUUUUAAACUUCCUUUCCACCAUGCAUGAGGAUGAGAACCUACAUGAUGUGCUACAGAUGUUAAUGUCCCUCAUGUCGGAGCACCCAUCCUCCAUGGUACCAGCAUUUGAUGCAAAACAUGGUGUCCGCACAGUCUUCAAACUCUUGGCUUCAGAGAGUCAACUGAUACGCCUUCAGGCUCUCAAGUUGCUUGGUUAUUUUCUCUCAAGAUCAACUCACAAGUAUGUAGAAAUUUUUUAAAGAUUUUAUGCGAGCGUUACUUGAGAUCAGCUUGCUGUAUCUGCUUAGGAAUUAUAUUUUUGAUAAGUAUGCUUAAGGACAGGG